UCUUGUUUUUGUCAAGCCAACUAACUAAUUGUGUUCUGCCUUUACUCUAUCCCUGGAACGCCAGCGCUACAUGAGACCUUCGCUGUUCUGAUAUCCUUUAAAAUUAUUUCAGCAACUGCAUUCCCCCCUCCAGUGGCUAGGAUAGGCAAGUAGCGAUGGCAUCAUCGCCUGGAUUGUCUCCAACAACCACACGUGCUGCACCGUCUCCUGGGCCUGCACUUCAAAAAGGUGUAACCAUAGUAGAGGAACCUGAGCAUAUUGAACCUGAAGAAUACGAUGGAGGUGUCUCCCCCACGCUUGUUCCUUCUCACAGUCCCAAACUUCAUCGGGCUAGUAUAUCAGGCAAGAAGAUGACUGGAAGACCUUCUCUCAAUCCUGCUGGAUCCUCUGCUUCCACUUUGUCACAUCGCAUGUCUUAUCUGAGUCUCGACAAAGCAGAAGGCGAACAAGCUGGGACUCCAAAUGAAAACAAAGCUCCAGAUCUACGUGCAAUGCUCAACCAGGUGGUCGACUGGCUGCAGGACGAAAAAUCGAAAAGACAGAAGCGGAAGCAUCAUCGACAUCAUCUAAUUCUUCAUCAUAGCCACCAUGCGCCAAGUAUGCCUGGAGACCCCCAGUCAGACGACUCCACCCAGGACGCUGAAGGUAGUCAAUCUCUAGCGAAGCUUGAGAACAUCCUCUCGGGAUUCACGUCCUGGUCAGCAUCCAUGCCAAAGUUGUCAUCCAGGGCCUCUGGCACUUUAUCCCGCAAGGGGUCUAUAGCAAGAAAGUUCAAGCGAGCCUCAAUUGUACCCCAAUCUUCAGACACGGAAUUUUUUGGUGACGAUAUACUUGUUCCGAAUGUGGAAGCAUAUCUAGACAACUCAAAAACGCUGGCUUUUACUGGAGGUGGCGCUGAUGUCGACACAAGCGAUGCGGCAAAAAAGCGAGACUAUGAGCAUUGGGUUACCUUUAAGGAGGACAUUCUUCGCCUGACGCAUACCCUCAAGAUCAAGGGCUGGCGCCGUAUUCCGAUGGAAAGGGCAAAAGACAUUGACGUUGUGCGAUUAAGCGGAGCUCUAACCAACGCCGUCUAUGUUGUCCGACCGCCUAAGAAUAUGUCGGAGCAUGGCCACUCGUCAAAUAGUCUGAACACUCUAUCGGAGACGGCUUCUGCAUCGACUACAACCCGUCCUCGACAAGCAUUACAGCUCCUUUUGAGAAUAUACGGUCCUCAAGUCGAGCAUCUGAUCGACCGAGAUGCAGAAUUAUCCAUUCUACGCCGCCUCUCUCGAAAGCGCAUUGGACCCCGUCUGCUCGGCUAUUUCGACAACGGUCGCUUUGAGGAGUUUUUACAUGCAAGGACUUUGACAGCAGAAGAUCUUCGGAUCCCAGAAACAUCAAAGCAGAUUGCGAAGCGAAUGCGUGAGUUGCAUGAAGGCAUCGAAUUGCUUGAAUCAGAGCUUGAGGCUGGGCCUGCAGUCUUCCUCAACUGGGACAAAUGGGUCGAUCGGUGUGAAAAGAUCAUUACCUGGCUUGACAGUCAAAUCCAUCAGGCUGAAAGCGAAAGACAAGCAGGGAUUUCCAAACAAAACUCUACGGUCAAUCUGAGAUACGUUCGAAAUGGUCUGAUUUGUGGGGUUGAAUGGCCUCUCUUCCGCAAGACAUAUGACGCGUACCGAAAACGAUUGAUCGAGGACAGCGGGGGCUUGAAGAAGAUUCGUGACCAUCUAGUUUUUGCUCACAACGAUACACAAUACGGCAAUCUAAUGCGACUGCAACCUUCGGGUACGUCACCAUUGCUUCAGCCCUCGAACCAGCAUAAGCAACUUGUGGUGAUUGAUUUUGAAUAUGCCUCGCAAAACAUGCCUGGGCAGGAGUUUGCGAAUCAUUUUACGGAAUGGUGCUACAACUACCAUCACCCGGAGCACAGCUGGAUGUGUGAUACUAGGAGAUAUCCGAACGAGAGCGAACAAUAUCGUUUUGUCAGGAGCUAUACUAUGCACCGACCACAGUUCUGCCCAGCGGCGAGUUCGACCCCGAAACUAGAAGGCCGUGAUAAGACGAACAUCAGCGAAUUCAUGCUCGAUGCGAGGGCGCCCCCAGGAGGGAGUGUUUCGGGGCAAACUCUCGAACCGGAUUACGAUCGGGAAGAGAAGGAACGGGAGAAGGCACAGGAAGAAGAAAUCCAGAGGUAUCUGGGAGAGACAAGGAUUUGGAGGGCGGCGAACUCGGCGCAAUGGGUUGCUUGGGGCAUCGUGCAGGCCAAGGUGCCUGAACUGGAGGCUUUGGAGGAGAGAAAGGGGAGUCAAGGACAGGGCGACGUUGUGCCCAUGUCCGACCCCUUGAACGAAGAGGAGAAGAAGCUGAAAGAGGCGAGUGAAGCGGAUAGACCUGAAGGUAGGGCGCAAGAAGAGAGUCAUCAUGAAGGUGAUCAGAGUGAAGGUGAAGGUGGUGGAGAGGAACAUGAGGAGUUUGAUUACCUUGCUUAUGCACAAGAUCGAGCCAUGUUUUUCUGGGGCGAUUGUGUGCAAAUGGGAUUGGUCAAGCUUGAAGACUUGCCAGAAGACAUGAGGCAAAGGGUCAAGAUUGUGCCAUGCUGAAUGAGGGAUUAGGGUCAGGAACAAGAACAAGAAACGCUUGAUAUGGACGUUUUUGUGUUUUUGUUGACGAACGGCGGACUUUGCGACAGUCGAAGUUGGAACCAGUGAUUUGACCAUGAUGAUUAUGAUGACGAUGGAAAUAAACGGGGGUGAAUCACUUGUAAUCCUAGUAGUAUUCAAGUAUAGGUGUUUAUGUAUGUAUUGUAGGCAUUUAUG